AUGGCGGGUCCCGCCGCCCGGCCCCUCCGCGGCAAGUCCUUCUACCUCGACGUGCCGAGCGGCCCGAGCGCCCGGCAGCUGGCGGCGGUCAUCGGCCGCCUGGGCGGGGUGACUGAAAACUUCCUAAGCAAAGAAGUCACCUACGUGGUAUCCAGCAACAGAGAAGCCAAAGGAGGCAAAGGCAGAGCUUGGGCUGAGAGGCGGAGCAGCACAAGUGCCAAAGAUGCCAAAGCCACAGGCCCAGUGCCUUCUGCCUCCAAAGGGACCCAGACCAGACCUCACCAGAAGCCACCAGACGCUGUGCUGAUCAGCAGGGGAAAGGAGCUGCUGCAGAAGGCCAUGAAGAAUCAGGACACCUGCAGUGGCAGCAGCAUCCUGGCCAACGCUCGCCUGUGGGGAGUCCAGAUCUUGCACGUGGAUGAAAUGCUGUCGUACACCCAGCAGCUGCUGCACGCCGUCCCGGCCGGGAGCAAGCGGAGCCAGGAGUCUGAGGCGAAGUGCCCUGCCUCCAGAUCGAAGACUCACAAAGGAAAAUUGAAGCCCCCUUUCCUGAAGGUUGAAGACCAGAGCAGGCAGUUCAGACCCUUCCAUCACCAGUUCAAAAGCUUUCCCAACAUCAACUUUCUGGCACCCAAAAGCUCCAGCCCAUUUGAGCCUCUGAAAAGCUUCUCCAACUCCUGCAGAGCCAGGGGAGUGGAGGGCUCUCCAGGGCGCAGUGCAGGGGAGAAGAGCCCCCGCUCCACACCAGUCACUGUGCCGAGGAGAAGAAGGGGGUUCUGUGAGUGCUGCCAGGAGACCUUCGAGGAGCUACAGAAGCACCUGCGGAGCCCCGGCCACGAGCGCUUCGCGCGGGACGCCUCGCACUACGCGGCCCUGGACCGCCUCAUCGCCCAGCUCCUGCCCAGGGUGCCUGGGUCCUGCCUGACGGCCGAACGCGCGGCGCCUCACACGCCCGUCGCUGGCGGAACCCAGAUGCUGACAGCACAGCUGAGAUGGGACAGGGAGCAGCCUGAGCCGGGGGCUGUGGAGCUGGGAACUGCCACGGAGCACCAUCGUGGCCUGAAGACUGAGAGCUGUUCCCCUUGCCUGCCCAGGGACAGGGUCAGUAACCCCAGAGGAGGAGGGGGGGUGUCCAAGGACUGCUCAGGGGGGCUGCCCGCUGGAGGGGCCUGUGCUGCCCGUGACCCUCCAGAGGGAUCUGCCCCUGGGGGGCUGGAUGGGAGCUCAGCCCCUGGCCUGGGCUGGGGGACUCACAGAGCCACUGCUCACAGACCAGAGGCAACUGCUGCUUCAUCUGAACCUCUCAGACAGCAAGUGCCUGGGGCUAUCUGCCAUCUCCCACCAGCACUGCCCACCUCCAGGAAACGCCGGCUCUCCUCCAGACGUGGCACCCCGGGGAAGAGGCCCCGGCUGGAGCUGGCUGGGGGUGGCUUCUCUGCAUGUGGGCAGAGGACUGUGGUGGAGGGGGAGCUGGGGGGCUGGGGGGCAGGACAGAUGCCUGAGCCAGGCUGUCCCAGGGUGCUGGGGGCAGGCAACGUGCCCUCGAGCACACAGCUCUCUAACACACCUCACGGCUGCCUUGGCUCGGGCUGGUACCCGUGUGGGAGACCUGGGCACCCUGUGUCAGGGCCAGGUUCCCUUCAGGCCGUGUCUGGGGCUGUUGGUCCUGCAGAGCCUGCUGCAGCCCACGAGUGUGGCCAGGGCAGACUGGACUAG